AUGGACAGAGAUAGGGAUAGAGCUCGUAGGAGGUCACAGAAUUCAUCAAGGAGCAGAGGCUCUACUUCUUUAGAUAGACGAAGGGUGAGGCAUGGCUCCGUGACAUCGUUCGACUCUUCUACGAACUAUUUAUUAGAUGAUAACAACCACGAAAUGUACUCUGGGGCUGCCUCAGAGAUAAUGCCGUCAUCAAUUACCUCAUUGCACUACCCACAUAAAUUUGGUAAUCUAAAGAGUCGCCAGGGAUCUGGGGUUUCUUACGAGGUUUCUCUAUUGUUAGAGAAUGAUAAUCAAGUUGAGUUAGGAUCUGUUGGGUCUAAUGCAACAUCAAGUUCGUUUGAAACGCAAGCAAAAUUCAAAUUUUUUUCCCCACAUGAAAUAGAACAGGCACCGGGUGGCUCUACACUUGAAAAUCCCCAAGAUCCCGUUGACUAUAAUACUGAGUGGGAGUAUUCAGUAGGUAAAUACAACAAUGACGAUAUUUUGGAGCAAGAUAUUUCCAAAUCUGUUUCUAGUCUUCAUAGCACUCAGUCACCGGAUGACGGUGAUUAUGGCUCCAUGAGUUCACGCUUCGAUCGCCAUCGUAGACGUGAUUCUGAUUCCGAUAAAAGUAAUUUGUCAGUAAGUGAAAGUUUGAUAUCUCAUAACAAUGUUGAUGACAGCCAAAACAUUUUCCUAUCGACGGCAGAAUACCAAAGAUUUUAUUUGGCUGAAGAAGAUUUAGUAAUCGGUAUUGCAGGUUAUUCCAAUUCCCUUUUGAAGAAAUUUCUUUAUUAUCUAAUAUGCUUCUUCACUUUAGGUAUUGGCUACUUAAUAUUGCGUUGGCUACCCAAAUACAGAAUAAACUUGACAGGAAACAGAUGUCCGUUAGGUAAAGCUGAGUGGUGCGUUGUGGAAAAUGAAUUCGGUGAACUUUCUGUUAUUAAUGUUGAAAGAAGAAAAUACAACGAAAGGUUGUCUAAUUUCUUAACGGUAGUGGAAGAUCUGUUAGGGAAUGGAAUAAAAGAGAAUGAUCCGAUUGUCCACUACAUACAUAGCUUUACCUACCGCUAUAUUAAAUUCUUUUACAAUCCCGUGGAGGGUAUUUUUAAGAGCAAUUCAAGGUGGUACGACUUACAUUGGUUGAAUAUGAAAAACAUCAAAGAUGGGGUUUCUCAAUCUAAAUUUGAGCAGAGGCUUGAGAUCUUUGGAGAAAAUAAUACAGAAAUUGAGGAAAAACCCAUUUCUCAGUUGCUCUCAGAGGAAAUUUUGCACCCGUUCUAUAUUUUUCAAAUUUUCUCGAUAUUCUUGUGGUUGGCCGAUGACUAUUAUUACUAUGCAAGCUGUAUAUUUCUAAUAUCAGUUGCCUCCAUUGUUGAUACCUUGAUAGAAACAAAAUCUACAAUGAGAAGAUUGCAAAAUAUAUCCAGAUUUACAUGUGAAGUUAGAGUGUGGAGAAAUGAAUUUUGGAAGCAAAUUGAAUCUACAGAGCUUGUUCCAGGAGACGUUUUUGAAGUUGAUCCUUCACUAAAUGUGCUUCCAUGCGAUUCAUUACUUCUCAAUGGAGAGUGUAUAGUAAAUGAAUCUAUGUUGACGGGCGAAAGUGUGCCUGUCGCAAAAGUUAGCGCAAACCACGAUACUCUCCAGUCAUUAACAGAUGAUUUUACUUCACCAUUGUUAGCCAAGUCGUUCUUAUAUAGUGGUACCAAGCUUUUAAAGACAAGGUCAACAAAUGAUGAACCUGCUAUCGGAAUGGCUCUAAAGACCGGUUUCAAUACCACCAAGGGAUCUUUGAUAAGAUCAAUGUUAUUUCCUAAGCCGACAGGGUUUAAGUUUUACAGAGAUUCAUUUAAGUACAUUGGCUUCAUGACUUUAAUUGCGGCUAUGGGUUUUAUUUAUUCUACCUAUAACUUCAUUCAACUAGGAAUUUCCAAAAAAGUGAUGACUUUAAGAGCUUUGGACAUCAUAACUAUUGUUGUACCUCCAGCUCUUCCAGCAACGUUGACAAUUGGUACGACAUUUGCCAUUAAUAGGUUGAAGCGUCUACAAAUAUAUUGCAUUGCACCCACAAAAAUUAACAUCGGCGGAAAACUAGAUGUACUUUGCUUUGACAAGACAGGGACUUUGACUGAGGAUGGUUUAGAUGUUUUAGGAGCCCACUUGACUAAAAGCGCUUCAGGAAGAAAAGAAAUCAUCUUCGAGGAUAUCAAAUCAUCACCAAAAGAUCUUAGUAAGAUACAUUCUUUGAAAGAUCAUGAACUGAAUAAUGGAUUGUACUUGUUGGGAUGUAUGGCUACGUGCCAUUCUUUGAAAUUGCUUGAAGGUGAGCUACUUGGGGAUCCGCUUGAUUAUAAGAUGUUCUCCUUUAGUGGGUGGAAAUUUGAAGAAACUGGUACCGGCUUCCAGGUAUACCCUGAUUACAAUAGGAGCGAAGGUUACUGCGUCAUCAAGGAAUUCGAGUUUAUUUCAUCACUUAGAAGAAUGUCAGUUAUUGCAAUGCAAGGCGAUAAUAAGAUGGUAUUCACAAAAGGGGCACCUGAAGUUAUAUGCGAUAUAUGCGAUCCUGAUACGUUACCUUCGAACUAUAGUGAAUUGCUCCACCAAUAUACUCAUGGUGGCUAUAGGGUAAUUGCUUGUGCAUACAAAAGAAUUGCCGAAGAUUUAUCUAGAGAGGCUUCAGAAUCAGGUUUAAAUUUUGCUGGCUUUAUAAUCUUUGAGAACAAGUUAAAAUCCUCAACAACAUCUACGAUUAUGGAAUUGAAAAAUGCAAAUAUUCGUACUGUAAUGUGUACCGGUGAUAAUGUUUUGACUGCGAUUAGCGUCGGCACAGAAUGCAAAUUAAUUGAUGCAUCAUGUAAAGAUAUAUACAUCCCAUCGCUCGAAGAAACUACAAUUGGUUAUCGUAUUACAUGGUCUCAUUUCUUGGAUUCUGAAAAGAAGUUAGACCCAGAGAGUUUUCAGCCUCUUGAUUUGUCAGAGUCUUUGGAUUAUAAAUUGGCAAUCACUGGUGAUAUAUUCCGUUAUUUGCUCACAGAAGUAAAGGAUAGCUACAUUAUCCACCAUGUUUUGAUGAAGUGUGAUAUCUUUGCGAGAAUGUCUCCUGAUGAAAAGCAUGAGUUAGUAGAACAGUUGCAAAAGAUUGAUUACACGGUUGGGUUUUGUGGGGAUGGAGCAAAUGACUGUGGAGCGUUGAAGGCCGCAGAUGUGGGGGUCUCAUUAUCAGAGGCAGAAGCAUCGGUUGCAGCUCCUAUAACUUCAAGGGUCUUUGAGAUAUCGUGUGUUUUGGACGUCAUCAAAGAAGGAAGAUCGAGUUUGGUCACUAGCUUUGCCUGUUUCAAGUAUAUGUCGUUGUAUUCAGCAAUACAGUUUGUUUCCGUUACAAUAUUGUAUCAGCGAGGGACAAACUUAGGUGACUUUCAGUUUUUGUACAUUGAUCUUUUCCUUAUUCUACCAUUGGCUAUUUUUAUGUCAUGGUCUAAGCCAUACUUUAAGAUCAUACCCAAGCGACCUACUGCUAACCUAGUGUCCCCUAAGGUACUCAUUCCUAUGAUUGGUCAUAUACUCAUUAUUCUCCUAUUCCAAACCUCUAUAUGGCUCAAAGUUCAAAAAGAACCCUGGUAUAUUAAACCGGUACCAGGAGGUGAUGACGAAGUUCAGUCUUCUGACAAUACCGUCUUGUUUUUGUUCACGACAUUUCAAUACAUAUUGAUUGCAAUCGUGUUGAGCAGGGGUCCACCCUACAGAGAACCAGUUCACAAGAAUCGUCCUUUUACAGUCAAUGUUGUUCUAGCGAUAGUGAUAUCUAUUUGCUUGUUUACCAUCGAUAGUGACUCAUGGUGGGGUCAAGUCUUCCAGCUUACAAAUCUCUCGCGUGGCUUCUACUGGCUAAUAUUGAUUUGUGCUCUUUUGAAUCUCGUCAUUAUGGUAUCCUGUGAACAUUUAGUAUUUGAUAAAGUGGUGCUUCUCUACAAAAAAAUAUUUCUCAAGCACACUGGUAUAAGCAAGAAGACAUUCAAGAAUCUUCUGAGGGAAUUCAGUAAAAGAGAGACAGUAUAA